GCCCACCCACCUGCCCGCAAGCGCUUCCUAGGCCACUGCAGCCUGGCCAUGGCACCCACUGCCUUCCUCCUCCUCUCUGGCCUGCUGCUUGUUUCACUCUCCUGCGCCCAGCAUCGGAAGAAGCCCCCAAGGCUGGAGAAUCCCAUUGACAAGAUCAGUGUCCAGGCAAACUUUGACCCUGGCCAGUUUGCCGGGAAAUGGUUCCUUGUCGGGGUGGCCUCACGGUGCAGCUACCUGAGCGAGAACAGCCACCGGCUUGAGGCAACGAAUGUGGUGAUCUCUGCGACUGGUGCAAGUCCUCAAGGAUCGUUAUUGAUUAGCACCUUCCGCCUGCUGGACGGCAUCUGCUGGAACAUCAAGCAAAUCUACUUCCCCACCAAGAUUCCUGGCAGGUUCCUCUUGAAAGGCCGUGGCAGCCCUGUGGACGUGGCGGUAGGGGAAACAGAUUACAGCAGCUACACCAUCGUGUACUACCAGAAGGCCCGGAAGAUCUCAGCAAAGCUUUAUGGACGAACCGCCCGAGUCAGUGAUGCCAUCAUGGCUAAAUUUGAGCAGCGUGUGGCUGGUGUAGGCCUGAAUGAGGAUCUUACCUACUUCUUCCCUGUCUAUGGGUUUUGUGACUCAGCUGACCAGUUCCACAUCCUUGAUGAGACCAAAUAUGUAAGGGGUCCCUGAAGUCCAAUCAACUGAGCCUGCCUGCAGGGGCCCGAAUGACCUCAGUCCCAUAUCCACGCGCCCAGCAACCUUUGUGAAAACUCCCAGGAGGGAGCCAUAGAAUCCUCCCCACGUUUCCGUGCCUUUGCCAUUUUAAUCCUUUGUUCCCAAUGCCUUGACCUAUUAAUAAAGUGAAUCCAAGAAAACCAAA